AUGAAAAUAGCUACAAUAUUUUCAAUUUUAUUAUUAUUACAUAUAACUUCAUACUUGGUUUCGGCACAAAUUAUUGAUAUAUUACUUGGAAGUAUUAUCAACCUGCUUAAUGGUAUUCUUGGAGGCCUUUUGAAUUCAGCGGAUACAAGGAAGCUUGCACAAAUACUUUUGACAAUUAAAAGAGAUUAUGAUGUAGAAUUGAGUAAUGAAGAAAUUACAGAGAAAGUUGAUCACUUUUUACAACUCAGAACAGAUAUUAAUGGAACAUGGGAUUUUGAGAUGACAGUCUUCUUUUUCUUACCAAUAGAAUUUCAACUAAAAUUAGGUGGAGCAAGAUUCGAAGAAGUUCAAGUUGUAGGACAACCUGGAUUAGGACCUCCAAUUGAAGACAAAAGCUUAGAAGAAGCUCCUUCAAAGGGAGUUGAUAACGAAAAAGACCAACAUCCCAGAGAUAAAAGGGCAUCUUGCACAUACAAAAAUGUUUUUAGUGCCCCUGUUAACUGGUCAGGUUGUGCCCCAAUCAUCAACCGAAUAACACAUCAGGGACAAUGUGGGAGUUGUUGGGCAAUAGGCCCUACUGGAGCUUUUACAGAUCGUUUGUGUAUUCAACGAGCAAAAUAUGGGCUGAAAACACCAAAUGAUCCUUUCUUUAUAUAUUCGGCACUUGAUGCUCUAGCCUGUUCUGGUGGUGGAAACUGUUCUGGUGGUCAGCCCACCAGUGUUUGGAACUAG